UAGCGUUAACACCGGUGGAGCAAUUCCGUGGCCUUGGCAGUCUACGUUUAGCGGCUUCCAUCUGCAGUUCAGUUGUCUGCCGUACUUAAAUCCUCUCAUCGGAUGGAUGGGAACGAUGACCGCACUAGAUCGGCGGAUGAAUCUAACGACGGACCGGAGGAUGGUGGCGUAAAAACCAUGAAGAGCGGCCGACAUGUCCAAAGGAGAAAGGCGGAUGUAAAUUUUUCCCUUCAGGUACCCGCUUCCCCACCAACCUUCGUGACCAUGCGUCAACUUACAGAAGCUGCAAAUGCAUUCUACAACAUGUCGCUAGCUCAUGAAAUCACAGUGGACUCCGAUUUCCGCAUUGAAAAGUAUGAACUUCCGGAGGAAAGCCUUGAACACACGGUGAAAGAAACAUUGCAUCGUGCCUUCUGGGACUUGCUUCGCUCCAGUUUAGAGGCCGAUCCACCCGACUAUCAACCAGCUUUGCGACUUUUGAUGGAAAUCAAGCAGUCUCUCAACGGCUUGGUUCUGCCAAAUCAGAAAACUUUACAAAAGCUGAUCGAAAGCUCUUUGGAUCUGGAUGUUGCCAACGCACAGCUGCAGCAAACCGGGCACCUCAGUUUGGAGACAUACGCCAUACAAGUGAUCAACCUGAUGCGGCAAUUUUGCGCCCCUGUACGUGACAAAGAAGUGGAGGAUCUGCGCAAAAUAGACGACCCAGUGGAAGCGUUCAGACAGGCCUUUAUUGUCUUGGAAAAGAUGCACAUGGAUUUGGCCAACUUUACAAUCACUCAAAUGCGACCCUACAUCCGACAGCAAGCAGUGAAUUACGAGCGCGCAAAAUUCGCGGACUUCUUGGAGGCUCAACGAGCUAUCGGGAUUGAUGCUCUCCAGCACACACGAAAAUGGAUACAGGACGCUUACAGGGUGCUCGCUCCUCAUGUCACCUCAUUUGAAAACACUGCCAGAUUCUCCGUGGCCAUUUCCCGUCAAAGUGCAAGCUCCGCGGCCGCCGCAAAAACGCCACCGGAGCGUGUCGAAGUAACCAGCUCAGAUGAAGAGAUUCCCCUUACCCCAAACAACAUACUUCGCGAGGCUUAUUUGUCUUUGCUCACAUGGCCCGCUAAUAAAGAAUGGCCCGAGACAAUGGUUAUGGACCAACAACGAUUGCUUGAUUUGGGCACUCAACUGGUCAACAUUGUUACUCUGACUUCGAUGAUUCUCGUCAUUUGCAAUUUCGUUGCUUCGAACGCCACCGAGAUAUUUGCCCAACCGAAGCUCAUCAGAACCGAUCCCAAUAUGAUGCUGGAGCUUAAACGAAUGAUAUGUAAUGCCGGCAUUCUGUUACUCCAGUCACACGAUAUUGGGACAGUCGGACAAAAGUCUAGACUGUUUUGUGACGAAGCUCUGUUCACGUUGCAGCGUUGGCUCGCCGCACACAUGGACACAGAUGAUGAAUCUGUGCCGGAUGAGUCCGGCUCAUCCUUUACCCCUUUACAAGCGUGCCAUUUGAUCUCCGAUUCGCUACAACGGACGCUGACCAGUCAGGUGGAUGAAGUGGUGCGUGGCCGGCACCCGGUCUACUUGCUGAUGCUAAAACGUGCCCUGACGUUUCUGCGUGCUGCGUUGUCCUCCCACCCACCGGAAUCGUUAGCACUUCCUCCGGGAUUCAGCGUACUCUCCGAGUUGGGACGAUGGUCACAUACUUCGCCUUCAGUGAACCCCCAUACAUGCCCUCCUAGUUCUUCGCAAUGCGCUACCAGCUCAGCAGUUCGUCCUGUGACAUCAGGGAUAGGCGCACCAGAAGGAGUCACUUUGGGUGAUGAAAAAUCUCCGAAACGGCCACACGGACCAGAGAGCUUGAGCCUAACUAAUUUAGCUAGCCGACUAUUUCCGCUCCUUACCCACAAUCGCCAUGUGUUUGGACCUCAUUAUGCUGAAAUUAUACAGGCGAUUCUGCUCCCUCGUUCCAACUUGGCCACACCCACUACUGAACGAAGACGUAACACAAAGUUCAAAUUCUCCAUAUCUGACAGAAGUCGAAGUUCUAGCGAAAGAACUUCGUCCCGUAAUUCCGAAGCUUUCGACUCAGAUCAGCAAGAGGACGAGACCACAUUCAUAUUAAGAUAGUCUGUACCCACCGACACUCAGGCGCAACUGCAUUUAGGCUCUGUGAGAGCUUUUCUAGUGUUCACCCGAGCUAGCGCCCGCUCCUCCCUCCCAGUGUUCUCGAGCUCUCUUCUCUCAAAUCCCCACCACCUAUUCAGCCAUCUUCCUAUGGGUGCUUCCGUCCGAGUUCGGGUGUAUGAGUUUUUACUUUCCUGCUCAUCUCUUAGUUUUUUUGUGUAUUUUUAAAAUUAACUGUUCUUUCUUUGCACGCUUCCGACAUGCGCUCAGCUCCCUUGGGCUGUCUGGUCUCUAAUCUGAUUUCGUUCACAGAUGGGCUAGCCAGCGGCGGCGGGUCACUGUCGGGAGUUACCGGGGACCCAACACCAAAUCAGUUGCUGCGUCACCAUACAUUUGUAUCAACCAACCAUUGUUUGAACUGAAACACACAAUGCCCAACGAGUAAGAUUCUGAUGCUGAUUGUUCUUUACUGGUAAUCGCAAAAUGCUUGCGAAUUGACAGUAUUCCGUUUGGAUAGUAAACGAC